AUGGGGAGGAAUAUGUGGCGCGACCCUACAUUUCUCACGGGUGUUGAAGGUUGUGAAAUAUUUGUUUUCUCUGCUAAGAAUCGCAGAGGAUUAUUGAACGCAAUUCCAAACAAUUUGACUCGUGAAAUUGUCGAACAGUUGUCCAAUGCAAAACGAGGUCUGACCUGUGCUCCAGAGGGACUCGAAAUACUCUCCCAGUGGCCCUACAUGGCUGCCCACUCGUACCUUGGGCUGCCCAGAGGGAUUAGCUGGACUCUGGGCCAGUUGGGCGUGGAGGUUGGAUCACGUAAUGGAUUGCUGGGCGCCUGUGAAAAUAUUCAUGUGUGGCGGCGCGGCGGCGGCGGCGGCCCCGCCUCCUCUGCAGAGACGCCGCGCCGCGCGGCCUUGUCUCGUGGCCUGUUGCUCUGCCUGCUUUGCUUGCUGGCGGCGGCGGCCCGCGGCGGCGCGGCGGGCGGGGGGGGCGCAGUGGGGAUGGCGGAGGCGUCAGCAGAGGCGGAGCUGCGGACGCGACUGCGGAGGCAGCUGCUGGAGCCGCGGGAGUUGGACGCAGCAUCCGAGAGGUUGUAGUGUAGGGAUGAUAUUGACAAGAUCUUGUCUGGACCAAGUGAAACUCAAGAUUCUACAACAAUGACUUCAACAACUUACUGCUACGUCUUCCCAGCUACAAGUAGUGGAUCUAACAAGGAAGAA